AUGGUCAUAAAUGAGUUUCUACCACUAGUGGAAGACAAAAGGCAUUCUUUGGGGUAUGGAUUUCCUGUGCCGAAUCAAUUUAAGGACAGUCAACCGAAGGGUGAGACGCAUUAUGACAUGGUGAAACAAUUGAAGACUAACCCAAUCACCCAUGAGCAAUUGGUCCCUGAGGUGCGGGGCAUCUAUAGAGGCCUUGCAAUGGUCGAAGAAAAGUGCAUCAAAUUAGACAAGGAGCAAUCUGAGUCAAAGGAGGAUCUGACGCCGGUUCAAUGGCAGGCUCUGAUCUCUAUACAUAGCACGUUACUUCAUGAGCAUCACGACUUUUUUCUCUCCUCGCAACAUCCUGUCGCUAAAAGUGAGCUUACGGAGCUCGCCGAAAAAUACUCAAUGCCAGCUCGCAUGUGGCGAUAUGGAAUCCAUUCUCUACUCGAAUUACUACGACAUAAGCUCCCCGGGUCUUUGGAAUACAUGCUGCAUUUCAUAUACAUCGCCUAUAGCAUGGUCACCUUGUUAUUGGAGAACAUCCCAUAUUUCAGGGAGACGUGGAUUGAAUGCCUAGGGGACUUGGCACGGUAUCGUAUGGCUAUUGAAGAAUCGGACAUGAGGGAUCGGGAGGUCUGGGCAACAGUUUCACAAUAUUGGUACAAUCAAGAAGCAGACCUAAGUCAUGAUGUUGGGCGCGUUCAGCAUCAUCUUGCAGUGCUUGCUCGUCCUGAUGCUCUGGCGCAGCUUUUCUACUACACCAAGGCUUUGCUCUGUCGUCGCCCAUUUCACAAUGCUCGUGAAAGUAUCGCGCUUCUCUUCAAUUCCACCCGCGAGCAACAACGACAAGAAUCAAUGCCUGCGGCCCUAAUCGCUACACACGGCGUUCUAUUCCAUAAAAACGCUUCUGCAGAAUUCACAGUCCUCGCAAACAACUAUCUGUCUCUUCUGCGAAAAGAGAUCCCUCAGCUUGAUACACAGGGACAGGGAGGCGCCUUCGUGAUGUCCAGUAACUUUGCGGCGGUUUUUCAAUAUGGCGAACCGGAGAAUGACCUAGCGUUAGAAUUCCCACAGCAGAAGACUCAGGCCACAGCCGAGGAAGCAUAUCAAUUGGCGCUUCGAUGGACCACUCCCGCGUCUUUUGACGACGCUAGCUCCGAAUUGAUACCCAACCCGGUCGAAAUCACGUCUAAGAUAUCCUCUCCAGUUGCUUUCAAUGGAAGUGCUCUCACUUUCCAUUCCAUGGCUGUCUUUCUGGAUCAUUUAGGAGACCCCAAUUCCUACGCAGGCAUUCACACUGGCUUAUCGUUUGUUUGGUCUUUAGCCAUCCAUCCACUUGCGAUGGAAAAGCUUGAACCAAUGAUUCCAUGGUUAAAAAUCAUCAGAUUUCUGAACAUACUACUCCGUCUGGAGACAAAUUUUGAAAUGAUUGAAGGACCAUCCCAUCCCAGAUUUUCUAGGGAAAACGAGAACAUAAGGAGACGAAAUAGUAUUAGGAUAGAGAGGGAAAGUACGACUGAGAAAGGCAGUGAGAAACAGGAUGAAAGGUUGGAGCCAGAGAUUCCAGAUCACCUGCCUGAGGAUUUCUUAAUCCGCGGUCAGGUGUGGAGUGAAUUAUAUUAUUCUGAGGGAUUUUUUGAAGGAGGACCUUUAGAGCAUGACAGAUCUUUCGUUGAACCACAGCUGCUGGAAUUCGUGAGACAGCAUCGAUGUCUUUGGCUAGGUGUCCGACUAUCAACGGUUUGUCGCAAUUCUCUAUGCUCACUAUUUGACGGUAAAAGAACAACAAUGAGCUGA